GACCCCAUUGAUUUUUUUGUCGUUAUCUCUUUAUCUUUUUUCCCUCUCUUGUAAGUUGUUGUAUUGCUUCUCUUUCCUCCGCCCCCAUCUAUUCUCUCCACUUCUCCUCUUCUCCUCCUCUUCUUUCUUCCAUUCUUUUUUAUAAUAUAUAUAAAUAAAUUCAACGAAUAAAAAUAAAAACAAUUUUGGCUUUUCUGUCUUCUUUUCUUUUAUUUAUGUUUUUUAUUCAAGCGCAUAAUAUAGACCCCUAACUAGGAUCUGAUCCAGUAAUCUCUUCUUCAACAAAAACCGCUCCAACUGUCGCCGCCGGAAUAGGUUCCCGACUCCUCUUCCCUCAGGUAUCUUCUUCUUUCUGAUCAAAGCUUCAUACGAGAACAACUUAUGUGGUUCGCGUUCGCAGCACCUCCGUCCUUCCUUGCUCUCCGAUUGGUCAAAGCCUCGAUCUACUCUCGAUUCAUUUGGCCACCGUUGCUUCUAUGCACCUCCGUUUUUCCCCGGAUCUAAUCGCCGGUCUGAAGACUGAGCUCGCCGUCUGUCCUAAGUUUCCUUCUUUGAUAACGAACUUUACUUUCUGUUUUUAGACAUGAGAUUAGAAGCUGUUGAGUAGGUUUGAGCUACGAAGAAUUUAACCUGUUAUCUUGUUUUUCGGUACUUGGAAGCUUUAGGUUUGUCGAACUUUAGCUCGGACUUGUGGAAGUUGAAGUUCUGUGAUUGAAGAGAGAAGAGAAAUUACAUAUAAAUUAUAUAUUUAUAUAUUUAUAAUUUGGUAUUUGAUUUUUAUAUAUGGCUAUGGAGGAUCGAAGGAUGAGUGUAGGAAUGUCCGAUGAGGUACUCGGAUGUGUGAUGCCUUAUAUCGACGACCCAAAGGAUCGCGAUGCCGUUUCACUUGUCUGCCGCUCGUGGUACGAGCUUGAUGCGCUCACCAGAAAGCACGUUACGAUCGCUCUUUGCUAUACCACAACUCCUGAUCGGCUUAGAAGUAGAUUUGAGUUUCUCGAGUCUCUGAAACUUAAGGGGAAGCCUAGGGCCGCCAUGUUUAAUCUGAUACCGGAGGAUUGGGGAGGUUUCGUCACUCCGUGGGUUAGAGCAAUUUCUGAGUCUUUUCAAUGCUUAAGGUCUUUACACUUUCGCCGCAUGAUAGUGAAGGAUUCGGACCUUGAACUACUAGCUCGCUCUCGUGGUCGUGAGCUCGAGGCGCUUAAAAUCGACAAGUGCUCUGGGUUCUCAACGGAUGGCCUUUUGCAUAUAGGCCGCUUCUGCAGGAGUUUAAGAACCUUGUUUUUGGAGGAGAGCUCAAUAAAUGACAAAGACGGUGAGUGGCUGCAUGAACUUGCAGUGAACAACUCAGUUCUUGAGACCUUAAAUUUUUACAUGACAGAUCUUGCCAAAGUCAAGUUUGAGGACCUUGCACUGAUAGCCAAGAAUUGUCGCUCAUUAAUUUCUGUCAAAAUUAGUGAUUGUGAAAUUUUGGAUCUUGUGAAGUUCUUCCGUGCUGCAGUUGCAUUAGAAGAAUUUUGUGGGGGUUCUUUCAAUGAGCAUCCAGAAAAGUACACGGCCAUAUCAUUACCACAAAAAUUAUGCCGUCUGGGUCUAACAUACAUGGGCAAUAAUGAACUCCCAAUAGUAUUCCCUUUGACAAACCUACUGAAAAAGCUGGAUCUUCUCUAUGCGUUACUUAAUACAGAGGAUCAUUGUACAUUAAUUCAAAGGUGUCCUAAUUUGGAAGUGCUUGAGACAAGGAAUGUCAUUGGAGAUAGAGGAUUGGAAGUUCUUGCCCAGAGUUGCAAGAAGCUAAAGAGGCUCAGAAUUGAGCGAGGUGAUGAUGAUGAGCAAGGGAUGGAGGAUGAAGAAGGUGUUGUCUCACAAAGGGGGUUGAUAGCUUUGGCCCAAGGCUGUCUUGAACUAGAAUACUUGGCUGUCUAUGUUUCCGAUAUUACAAAUUCAUCAUUGGAAUGCAUUGGCACCUACUCUAAGAACCUUUGUGAUUUUCGUCUAGUUUUGCUUGAUAGAGAAGAGACGGUAACAGAUUUGCCUCUUGAUAAUGGAGUUCGAGCUCUUUUGAGAGGCUGUGGAAAGCUUAAAAGGUUUGCCCUGUAUCUCAGGCAUGGGGGUUUGACUGAUGCUGGUCUAGGCUAUAUUGGCCAGUAUAGUCAAAAUAUAAGGUGGAUGCUUUUGGGCUAUGUUGGCGAGUCUGAUGCAGGUCUUUUGGAGUUCUCUAAGGGAUGUCCUAGCCUGCAAAAACUAGAGAUGAGAGGAUGUUCCUUCAGCGAGCACGCUCUAGCUAGUGCGGUGAUGCAGCUCACUUCGCUGAGGUACUUGUGGGUGCAAGGAUAUAGAGCAUCCUCAGUUGUGCCUGGUCGUGAUCUUUUGGCAAUGGCUCGCCCGUUUUGGAAUAUCGAGCUAAUUCCUUCUAGACGAGUCGUACUUCCUGAUAAUGUCGGGGAGCCUAUGAUGGUAGAACAUCCAGCUCACAUACUUGCGUAUUACUCCCUUGCUGGACAAAGAACAGAUUUUCCGAAUUCUGUUAUUCCGUUAGAACCAGCAGCUGUGAUUCCCGAGUAGAGUUGUACAUACUACUUUUUCCUCCACCUUCCUCAAUGAAGUCUCUUGCCUCGCAAUGUUUAUAAAUUAAUGUUAACGUGCUUCUUUUCUUUUUUGCUAAGAUGGUGGUAAUUUCAGGUUUUUACUUUUUUUUUUAUUUAUUUAAUUCUAGACCGUAGUCCUGUAAUAAAGUUUGGGUUUCUUGUGUAAUCUGAAAACAUAUGCAGUUCUUGAUGAAAAUACAGUAUCAGUUCCCUGCAGGGAGCAGUUAGCUUGAA